AUGUCUUCAAUCGACGUCUUUCUCUUCUCCUCUGCUCCUUCAGGGCCUCAGAAAACCCUAAUUCUUGGUUUCGGUUCCGACUUUUUUCACAUACUUCCUCUUCAUUCUCAAUCCUCUCACAGACAAAAUUCGGUGCUUUUCUUUAGGUGUUUCUGGGAUUUCCAAUUCGGUUAUGUGCGCAAAAUGAGUGAUUCUAAGCUUUUCGUUUUUGGGUCAUUAUCUGAAGACAAGACCAUGUCAUUGCUGCAAAAGCAAUCACCUGGGAAGGCUGAAAAGCAUGUGGAAAAGAAUGGGCUCAGCAAAGUUCAGCCUUUAAGUUCACUUAAUAAGCAGAAUGAAGUGGAGGCUGUAAAAGUAGCAAGUGAUAGUUUACCAGCAUCUUUAACUACUCCUACAGAGACUUCAUUACCUUUAUCCAAUAACAAAGGUGGUCUCUCCAAUCAAUUUCCAAGUCUGGAAUUGCAUAACAGAGAGCAGAAUGGUCGUGUUGAUGAUUUAUUAGCUUCUAAGGUAAAGGCGGAACUACAGAAGUGUUUGAAUGGGCCUGUUACAGUUUCUACAGUCUUGUUGCCUCGUGGUUUAAUCAAUUCAGGGAAUCUGUGCUUUCUCAAUGCAACACUACGGGCUCUUCUAUCCUGUUCUCCUUUUGUUCAGCUUCUGCAGGAAUUGAGAACUCGCAAAGUGCCUAAGGUUGGCUAUCCAACAUUGGGUGCAUUUGCAGAGUUCGUCUCUGAAUUUGACAUGCCUAGUGGUUCAAGUUCAAAGAACAAAGAUGCAAGUGUUCUUGAGACUGGUAGGCCUUUUAGCCCUACCAUGUUUGAAGGCAUUCUUAAAAUUUUUACUCUAGAUGUACCAACUAGCAUCUCGGGCAGGCCAAGGCAUGAUCAUUGCGAAAAGAUUUAG